CGGGCACCGCCAGCCCCGCACCCGCCGGGCUGCCCAGCGCUCCCGGGCACCGCCAGCCCCGCAGCCGCAGCCGCCGGAGCGCCCCGGCCGGUCCCGCCGAUGGCACCGCGCUGCCGCCGCCAAGGAGGAAGGUGCUGACCAGGUGCCCUGAAGCUCUGGGGUUCACUGCCCACAGGCUCAGCAGGAUGAUGCCAGCAGUCCAAGAGCCUCCCACGCUCCUCGCAGUGCCAGUGUGACCGGGUGGACGGCGGGGACCUGUGGCACUGAGCCUGGCACGACAGCACAGCAGCUGGUGGCCCUCGCCACGGGCCCUGCUGCCCAAAGAUGAGUGAUGGCAUGUGGAUCUCGCUCAGCCCCACCGAGUUUGCCCAGCUCCAGCAGUACACAGACUACUCCACUAAGAAGCUCAAGGAUGUCCUGGAGGAGUUCCAUGGGGACGGCGUCCUCUCGAGGUACAACCCCGAACAGCCCAUCGACUACGAGGGUUUCCGCCUCUUCAUGAAGACCUACCUGGAGGCAGAUGUGCCUGAGGAGCUCUGCCAACACCUCUUCACCUCCUUCAAGCGUAAGAUAUGCCAAGCCUCCCCCGAGACCCAGCGCCAGAGCCCCGGUGUCUCGCAGCACAGCACCCUCGGGAUCAAUGGGAAAAUGCUUCGAAGUGCCCUGGGACGACACACUCCUGAGCCCAAGAGCUGCCACAGCAACGUGGCUGAGCUGCAGCCAGUAUCCCUCACCCCAGCAUCGAUCCCCAGUGCCUCCCCCAGCUGGUCUAGAUCAUCCUCCCAGAAGUCCACCACCGGCACCGCUUCUGCUCACAACUCCUCAGGCUCUUCAAGGAUCUCCUCCGUGUCUCUGCUCAGCCCUCAGUCACCAGGCACGAGGAGCGUGGAGAAGAGGUUACCCUUCAGCCUGCGGAAGAGCCCCAGCUCCCUGAAAGCCCCCCCUGCUCCACCCCCCACCGCCCUGGCCCAGGUGGUCCACCUGAAGGACAUUGUCUGCUACCUGUCGCUGCUGGAGAGGGGACGAGCAGAGGACAAGCUGGAGUUUAUGUUUCGCCUCUACGAUACUGAUGGGAACGGCCUCCUGGACAGCUCGGAGCUGGAUCGUAUCAUCAACCAGAUGGUGCACGUGGCUGAGUACCUGGAGUGGGACUCCACUGAGCUGAAGCCCAUCUUGAAGGCGAUGAUGGAGGAGAUAGAUUAUGAUCACGAUGGGACUGUGACGCUGGAGGAAUGGAUCCGGGGUGGCAUGACCACCAUCCCCUUGCUGGUCCUCCUGGGGAUGGAGACGAAUGUGAAGGAUGAUGGGCAGCAUGCCUGGAGGCUGAAGCACUUCAAGAAACCCGCCUACUGCAACUUCUGCCGCACCAUGCUGCUGGGGGUCCGCAAGCAGGGCCUCUGCUGCUCCUUCUGCAAGUAUACAGUCCAUGAAAGGUGUGUGUCCAAAGAGAUUGCCUCCUGCAUCAGUACCUACGUUAAAUCCAAGAGAAACACAAGCGUGAUGCAGCACACCUGGAUCGAGGGCAAUUCCCCCGUCAAGUGCGACAGGUGUCACAAGAGCAUCAAGUGCUACCAGGGCAUCACCGGCCUGCACUGCGUCUGGUGCCAAGUCACCCUCCACAACAAGUGUGCCUCCCAUGUGAAGCCAGAGUGCGAUGGGGGCCCACUGCGGGACCACAUCUUGUUGCCAUCCUACAUCUGCCCAGUUGUCCUGGACAGGCAGUCCCACUGCCGACGAUCAGAGAGCGACUCCCCUGCCAGCACCACCCCCGAGGACACCCAAGGCUUCAAGUUCAACUCCACCACAGUGGAUGGGCAAGGGCUGCAGAUCAGCCCCCGGCCCGGGACGCACCCACUCCUGGUGCUUGUGAACCCCAAGAGCGGAGGAAGGCAAGGGGAGCGAGUCCUUCGGAAGUUUCACUACCUGCUCAACCCACGCCAAGUGUACAACCUGGACCGCGGCGGGCCCGCGCCAGGGCUGAACUUCUUUCGGGACACUCCAGAUUUCCGUGUGCUGGCCUGCGGAGGGGACGGCACGGUGGGUUGGAUCCUGGACUGCAUAGAUAAGGCGAACCUGGUGAAGCACCCGCCGGUGGCUGUCCUGCCCCUGGGGACGGGCAAUGACCUGGCACGGUGCCUGCGCUGGGGAGGAGGCUAUGAAGGAGGCAACCUGAUGAAGGUCCUGAAAGACAUUGAGCACAGCACGGAGGUGAUGCUGGACCGCUGGCAGAUAGAUGUUAUUCCCAGUGACAGGGAGGCCAACGGAGAUCCUGUCCCAUCCACUAUCAUCAACAACUACUUCUCCAUUGGCGUGGACGCCUCCAUCGCCCACCGCUUCCACAUCAUGCGAGAAAAGCACCCUGAGAAAUUCAACAGCAGGAUGAAGAACAAGCUGUGGUACUUCGAAUUCGGAACAUCAGAGACCUUUGCAGCCACCUGCAAGAAGCUCCACGACUAUGUUGAGGUGGAGUGUGAUGGGACCCUCCUAGACCUGAGCAACAUGUCCCUGGAGGGCAUCGCUGUCCUCAACAUCCCCAGCAUGUACGGAGGCUCCAACCUCUGGGGCGAGACCAAGAAGCAGCGUGGUUACAACCGGCUGGGCAAGAAGGCGCCGGAGAAGGUGCCCGGCACCGUGGUCACCGAUGCCAAGGAGCUGAAGUUCUGCGUGCAGGACCUCAGUGACCACCUCCUGGAGGUGGUGGGGCUGGAGGGUGCGAUGGAGAUGGGGCAGAUCUACACGGGGCUGAAGAGUGCAGGGAAGAGACUGGCCCAGUGUUCCUCUGUCACUAUCAGGACGUCCAAGCUGCUGCCCAUGCAGGUGGAUGGGGAGCCCUGGAUGCAGCCGUCCUGCACUGUCAAAAUUACACAUAAAAGCCAGGUGCCAAUGCUGCUGGGCCCGCCCCAGAAGAGCAGCUUCUUUUUCCUGAGGAGGAGAAGCCGAACUCGAGAUUAAACAGUAUCCAAGGAGCCACAGCCUGGAGGCUCCCGGCAUUCCAGCCACCGCCUGCUGCAGGGGGUCCCCAAAUCCCAAUUCUGCUGCUGGGACAGAAACUCCCCCUCCAAGCCCAGCAGGGAUUAUUUAUCCUGGGAGGAUCUUGGAGGCUCCUUCCCAACCACCUCAAGCAUCUUCUCCAUCUGGGAUGGAAACAGUGGGUGCAGGCAGACUGGCAUACAGGGAGAACAUUUGCUGGAGCAGCACUAGGACUGGGAUUUUUUUUCCCUUUAUUUAAAUACCCCCCAGCCGAGCUGCGAGUGAACAUGCUCCUGAGGCAAUGCCAAGCUCCACUUAUUUAUUUUUCACCCUCCUGAAGGCCAUUGGAUGUCUUGCUGUACUGGCUCUCUGUCCUCCAACCCUUGCAAUGGGAGGAUUAUUUAUUUCCUUAAACUAGAGGAGCCUUCUCAGCCACUCACCUCUCUGCUGUGGGGGUUAAGAGAGAUGCAAAGAGCCAUUGCUGCCAGCCUUGUGAGCCACAAGGCAUGGGACAGGCUGGAGACUGACCGUGCACAGGGACAACUGUGGGGUGGAUGGGAGGAGACUGUUUUGAUGGGGAAAUGGCAAAAAAAGGGAUUCUGGGGGGAGCUGCCAAUCCUGGGAAACCUCUGUGCCCCAGCUCUGGGCUUCAUGUUCAUAUUUAUGUAUUUAUUUAGCAAACUUUGGUGGAACUUUGGGGGGGUCACCUUUUUAUGAGCCCAGGUUGGACACAGAUACCACCUCCCUUCUCUGCUGGCUGUCCACCAUGGCACCUCCUUCCACAUGGACUUUCCUCUCUCCUAAAGCCUGCCAGCCAGCACCAGGGGCUGGGGACCCUGAGGAGAGACAUACAGCAGCUCUUCUCACUUGGAGGUGUCCUUGCUACUUUUCAACACAUCUGCCCAUGUGCUUCAUCAGGCUGGUGCUUUUCCAGUGCAACCAGUGCUGCCUCUGAUGCUCCUGGAUGGCUGCGGGGAGCAGGGGAGAGCAGUUGCACCUCGGUUUCUGUGUGGCCCCAUCUCCCUGAAACCCACUCCAAAUCCAAGGAGUCUCGUGGUUGCUGCUGCCUGCACAGCUGGCAGAGCCCAGCUGGGAUGCACGAGCAGGUUUUGCUGAUGUCACCCGUGGAUGGAAGGAUCAUGUGAUGCAGCUUCUCUCCAGGAUGCACAGGGACCAGAAAACGGAUGAAUGCAUGGAGGCUGUGGGGGUCUGGAUGGGCCCCCAGGACUCAGGAGUUGGCAGGACUGGCCCAUAGAAAGGCCUGCUGGUUGCUUCUGCAGGCACCCACUGCCUCCAGCGGUGGCCCCUGCUCCCAGGCAGCUCCCUUAGGUCUGGUGGAAGCUGCUUUGCUGCUGUGAGCAAGCUAGGAGCAGUAUGUGCCCCACUGAUGUCACCUCUGGCAGGAAAACUGAUGCUUGUCCCUACUAUGCCCCUGCCACAGAGCUGGGACAAGCCACCCUGUCCUCCCCAGAGUCCUAGUGCCCAUCCUGUCCCUCCUGAUGCUGCAGGUCCCCAUUCAAUAGCAUUCCUCUGGCAGUGCAGAGGGCGCUGCCAUUAUUAUGUUUUGGAGUGAACGAUGAGCUGAAAGGGAGGUGUUCAUGACCUGCACACACAGGCACACUUCACCAGCAGUGCAUAAACCCACCCUCCUCCUCCUCACCCGAGGUGGCUGUUAAUGAGUAGCCAGGUGAAAGCAGUUGGAGCAAGGCCAAACAAAACCCAAGUCCCAUGAACCAGCUGCCUCCACUUCCCCAGCCCGUUCCUGAGGGCAGCAGCGCCUCACAGCCCCACACUUGAGGAGGGUGAAAAAAACCACUUCUGCCAUCUCCAGAGCUUUGCCAGCAAGAGGGCAAGUUUGUUCUGUGGGAUGGCAGCACACCAGGUCAACAGGUUUGGUUCUGUUUCCCACCCAGCCUCAACCUGGGGUUUUAUCCCACUGCCUGCAUGGAAUCAGCAGUGCUCCUUGCCCCUGGUCACAGUUUACUGGGCUCGGGGCAAAGAGCAGCACUGGGGUCCCUGCUGUGGUUUGCUGUCGGUGGUGGUGGAGCCAGGGGAAGCAAGCCCAUGUGCCCAUGCCCGCACCCAUGGCUCUGGCAGCACCAUGGGCAGGGAACGCUCCUCUGAGCUUAAAUCCAGGGGGGAGUGCUCAGCCGUGUGUCCUGCAGGGCAUGGAGAGCCCAGGGCCACCAGUGAGACAGCGAUAGGUCAGCACUGGUCUGCCAGGAGUGGUGGCAGAGACGUUACCUUUGAUGGUCAGGGAGAGGGUUCCUGCCACCUGCCCCAGGGGACAUGGCUCCUACCUGCUCCCACCCUGCCAAAGGCAUGGUUCAACAGGCAUGGCAGCUCCCAACCUCCUUAGUCUGAGGAUGCAAAGGUCCUCAGCCCAGGAGGGACCCUUCAGUCCAGCUGUCCCUGGCUCCAGGGAGGAAUAUGCCAUGCAGCUGAGGGACACUCGAGGCUCUGAACCCCUCUAUUCCCCUCAGUGUCUACGAGCUCAGCCCAGUUCCCAAGGGCAUGGGAUAGAACAGAAACUCUAAACAACAGCCCCAGACACCGGUGCCAGUGCUGCACUGGGGGACUCCCAAGAGCUGGGAACUCCAUUGCCACAGGAGCCCCAGCCCCCUCCUUCUGCUGUGUGUGUAGCUGUGGUUGCCUGCAUGGAAUGGCGUCCGUAGCGUAGCGCGUGUUACUGUGUACACCUGGACUGCUGUGGGCUUGCCUCUAAUAAAGGUGGUGAUGAACAUC